CGCGAACUUUUGUUAUGGGUUUGGUUGCCAUGGAAUCUAUGUGUAAACAACGCACCUGCAUUUAGGAAUUUUUACGAACUAUGCAAGACUAACCUUUUCGGUUUGUGCAAUAAUGAGGGGCGUUUUAAAAUGGCUGGAACGCAUCGAGUUUCCCAACAGCAAAGAAAACGAGAUAAGUGUCCACAAUGUUUGCUAUGCUCCCGAUGGCAGCCAAUUGGUGGUGGCUGCGGGAGACCGGCUGCUAAUCUACGAUCCCAACGAUGGGUCCUUGCUUAACACCUUGAAGGCUCACAAGGAUACGGUCAACUGUGUGGCUUACUCAAGGGAUGGCAAGCGAUUUGCCAGCGGAGCCUCCGACAAAAUGGUCAUCGUGUGGUCACCGCAGCUUGAAGGAUUGCUUAAGUAUUCUCAUGGCGACUCCAUUCAAUGCAUGAGCUUUAAUCCCGUCUCGCAUCACCUGGCCUCGUGUUCCUUGUCGGAUUUUGCUUUUUGGUCUGCGGAUCAGAAAGCAGUGCAAAAGUACAAGAUAUCCGCCCGAGUGAAUGGCUGCUCCUGGACAAACGAUGGGCAGUAUCUGAUCCUGGGCCUGGCCAAUGGCACCAUUUCCAUAAGGAACAAGUUGGGCGAAGAAAAGGGCCGCAUAGAUCGACCAGGUGGACCCAACAGCAAUGUCUUCAGUGUCCAGUGCUGUCCGGCAAGUGGUCCCGGCAGUGUGGAUACCAUUGGCGUGGUAGACUGGAGUCAGACGCUGUCUUUUCACACAUUGAGUGGCCAGAUGAUUGGCAAGGAGCGAACCCUAGGCUUUGAUCCCUUGUGCCUGCAGUACUUUCCCAACGGCGAGUUCUGCUUGGUUGGCGGCUGCACCGGAGGCCUGCAUUUCUUCACCAGGGAGGGCAUUCGAUUGGGUACACUGGGCGAUAGCUUCGACACCUGGAUUUGGACAGUAGCUCUGCAUCCGAAUGGCCAAUCCUACACCAUCGGCUGCCAGGAUGGAACAUUGGCGUGCUUCAACAUAGCUUCGAGCACUGUGCACGCUUUAUACAGAGAGCGAUAUGCCUUUCGGGAGAAUAUGUGCGAUGUGAUCAUUCAGCACUUGAUUUCAGGCCAAAAAGUGCGGAUUAAAUGUCGGGACUUGGUGCAGAAAAUAGCCAUCUAUAGGAAUCGACUGGCGGUUCAGCUGCCGGAGCGAGUGGUCCUUUACGAGUUGAGCUCUGGAGAAGAUCAACCCAUGCACUAUAAAGUGCGCGAGAAAAUCCAGCAAAAGUUCGACUGCAGUUUGCUAGUGGUCUGCGGGCGCCACAUAGUCCUCUGCCAGGAGAAGCGCCUGCAAUGUUUGGAUUUCCUGGGUGUCCUGCAGCGCGAGUGGAUCAUGGACUCGUUUAUACGAUACAUCAAGGUCACCGGCGGGCCUGUCGGAAGGGAAGGAUUAAUGGUGGGCCUGAAAAAUGGUCAGGUUUUCAGGAUUUUUCUAAACAACUCUCUGCCCCUGCUGAUAACCACUGCUGUAUCCGCAGUACGCUGUCUGGAUAUCAAUUCUAAGCGAAGCAAGAUCGCCGUUGUGGAUGAUGUUGGUCGUCUGGUGGUGCGUGACAUAAUCAACGAUACGAUUUUGUACCAAGAUACGGGUGUAAACAGCGUUACAUGGAACACUCAUCUGGAUUCAAUGCUCUGCUAUACACAUACUACGGGAGGAUUGAGUGUUAGAGUUGGGAAUCUCCCGCCGAGGGCACCCCAAAACAUGCAUGGCGUGGUGGUGGGACUUUGUGGAGCCACAGCCUUUUGUUUACGGGGAAAUAUUAUGCACAAUACGCCAUUGGCUUUGGGUUCCACCAUGUGGCAGUUUAUCGAAGCCGGAUUGUUUGAGGAGGCUUACCAGGUUGCCUGUUUGGGUGUAACCACCAGUGAUUGGGAGGGACUAGCUCAAUCUGCUUUGGAGGCACUCCAUAUCAACAUUGCCCGCGAUGCCUACGUUAAAGUAAGGAACCUUCCGUGGCUCAAACUAAUCGGUGAGCUGCGAGAUCAGCAGCAGAGAUCAGCUGUUCCCAAGGAAGUGCUCCUGGCGGAGAACUGCGCCUUCGCCGGAAAGUUCAAGGAAGCAGCUCGUCUGUUUCUCAAAUGUGGGCAGUCAUCAAGGGCUCUUGAGAUGUACACAGAUCUACGGAUGUUCGAUCUGGCCCAGGAGUACAUCAAAGAUGGCACCGCGCAGGAGAAGAAGGAAUUGGUACGCAAGCGAGCGGAGUGGGCCUAUUCGGUUAAGGAGCCGCGUGCCGCCGCCGAACUUUUACUUUCUGCUGGAGAAAACCAGAAAGCUAUAGACAUUGUUGCUGAGCAGGGUUGGGCUGAUGUGCUUUUUGAUAUCGGGCGUAGAUUGAGUCUUUCGGAGCGAGAUGCCCUGGAGUCGGUAGCCCAAAAUCUGAAGACUCUCAAAGCUCUUCCUUUGGCUGCUGAGAUUUUCAAGAAGCUAGGUGAUGAGGCUCAAGUUGUUCAGCUUCACAUCGAGGUACGUGACUGGCCAGAGGCUUUUCGUCUGGCAGAGUCUUUGCCAGAGCUCCUGCCCACAGUGCACUACCAACAUGGUCAGUGGCUGGCCGAAACGGAUCAAUUUAUUGAAGCACAUCAGGCUUACUUAAAAGCUGGACGCACCAAGGAAGCCAAUCGUUUGCUAAAGCAGCUGAGCAACACGGCCAUCGUAGAGGAGCGCUAUUUGGAUGCCAGCUACUUUUAUUGGCUGUUGGCCAAGCAAUAUUUGGAUGUUUAUCAUGGCAAGGAUGAACAAAAUCCAAUUGAUCACCACCUGACGGAGUACAAAAAUCACUUACGUAUUGCCAAGGUCUAUUAUGCCUACAGCGUCAUAUACUCCUAUAUGAAGGAACCGUUCACAACCCAUUCCCCAGUUAGUCUUUUUAACGUUAGCCGAUUUAUUCUCAACGAAGUGGAGCACAAAGGUGUGCCCAAAGGUGUGAGCAUGUUUUCGGUUCUUUUUGCACUGGCCAAGCAGGCCAAGUUCCUGCAGGCCAACAAAUUGUGCCUUCUUAUCAACAAACGUUUGCAGUCUCUAAAGCCACCAGCUGGAGUCCAAGAGCAGAUUGAUCUCAAUUUUCUUAACAGCAAGGCUUGCAAAAGCGGCUUCAACGACCCUGAAGAGUUGUUGCCCCUUUGCUACAAGUGUUCCAACUACAGUCAACAUUUGAAUAGCAAUUGCUGUCCUACCUGCAGGCAGGAUUACAUUUUCUCUUUUGUUUCAUUUGAAAUACUACCGUUAGUACAAUUUUAUCCAGAAGUGGAUAUCUCAGAUGCCGAAGCCGAGCGUUUGCUGCUGGCUCCUGCAAAACACGCCGAGGAUUCGGAUCCAUUUAACGAGGAUGUGGCCAGUGGCUUGCCCUUAAGCCUGGAUCGCAACGGCCUGCGUGCCAUAGAUCCUAACCAUGUGCUGAUCCUCAAACGGAGAGGAAAGAACGUGCGGAAUGUUUAUUAUCGCAAUAUAUUGCCUGAUCUGCAGGUGACAUAUUGCCCCCAAUGUCUGCUGCUGUUCUAUGCCGAGGACUUUGAGUUGCAGGUUCUGCAGAAGGGUUACUGUCCUUUUUGUCACACGUCCUCUGAAAAGUUAUUGGAAGACUUUUGAAGUGGCCUUAGAGUUCAA